AAAUGGGCAGAUUCCGUGUCUUGGCGACAGAAACGAAUACCAUUCUCUUGCUCUCCAAUUAUUUAUACAUAUGUUCCUCGAUCUCUCCGACCUUUAAGUAACUUGAAGAAAAACAAUCGGAAACUGGCACAAACCCCCCUAAAAACGGCAUCUUCUCGACACAGACACUUUUCUUCAACCGCCAAAAUGGCAUCAUCAUCAACAUCAUCAUCCUUCGCCACGCCGUCGACGGACCCGCCGGCCCGCGAGAUGAAGUACUACCCCAAGAUGGCCACGUCCCUGCCCUCCAAGUCGGCCGAGUUCCGGCGCGUGCUGCACACGGGCCUGCACAGCCAGGUCGUGCUCAUGGCGGUGCCCGUCGGCGGCGACAUCGGCGAGGAGGUGCACGCCGUGGACCAGAUCCUGACCUUCACCGCCGGCAUGGGGCUGGCCCAGGUCGCCGGCCGCGAGCAGACGGUCCAGGCGGGCGACAUGGUCAUCGUGCCCGCCGGCACGCGCCACCAGUUCCUGAACAAGGGGUCUACUCCCUUGAUCCUUUAUACCGUUUACAGCCCGGCCGAGCACGCCGCCACCACGGUGCACAGGGCCAAGGAGGAGGGCGAGGCUGCCGAGGAGGAGGGCAGGGACGAGCCCCCGGAGUGGAGCCAGCGGUCCAAGGCUGAGAAUGUGAAGCUGGGGUUGGUUCCCGAGGAGGAGUCGUGAGAGGUGCGGAGACGUUUGGUCCAGAGAGAUCAGGAGUUAGAAAGGAGUUCGUUCCUCCUUGUCUUUUGGUUGUAUCCUACCACCUUCCAUUUAAUAAUCACAAACACAGCUUAGAAAAAUUUCCCCUUCCCCAUUCAAAUGACUGUAACCUUCUCCCUCCUUGCCACUUCCCAGGCGUCCA